UGAAAUAUUUGGAGGGGAGCUUUUUAAGCUUAACUUUUUCGCAAAGGAGCUAACAGGGGAGGAGGUACUGGGGAUGAAAGAGGCAGGACUCUGCUCGGACGUGGAGGAGAGUUACGGGAGAGUCCGGUAUCUCCGAUGGGAGGAUCUGCUCCUGGAGCAGCGAAACGGGAACAUUACGGAGGUGGAACCAGGAUGUCCUGCUCGGACCUGUCCCACAGAGACGGAGGAGGAGGAGACCAGGAACGAGACAGAGGAACCCACACCAGGAUCCCGGGAAGGAAGGAAUGAUGCUGCUGAGGAGAACGAGACGGAAUGUGAGUGUGAGGAGAAGAAGGAGAUCACUCAGUGGGACAUCCUGUACUCCGAGGAGAUUUUCAACCGGACACUGACUGUGGACCUUCUGGAAAAAAUUAGAUCUUACUGGGACAUCCUUGGUAACUUUGUAGGAGUAACAAUUACUGAGAGUGUGAUAACUCAUUUCAAGAUAUUCCAAUCCUGCAGUGACUGAGAACUUACUUACCGGAGAUGAAGGAGAAUUCUCCCAACAAGGACAAUCUGCUUUAUAGUGACUGAGGAUUUAAACUUCGGACAAUCCACUUAAUUGAGAUAAUUUAAUAUUCAAUUCUUUUUAAUUCGAAAUGUUUUUGCAUCUU